GACCACCGUUCAGCCGCCUGUUGUGUACAGUUGUUCUCUCGCAUUUACACUUGCGCCUCUCUUCGAUCCAAUCUCUUCGCCAAAUGGUCAUAUUUGCGUGUACACAUUAGCAAGUUAGCAACCACACGGGGUAACGUAACAUAUAUUUAACGAAUCAACAAUCAACAAUCAGCCAUGGAGUUGAGCGUGUUACUCCAGCACACGCAGUACGCGCUGCCGGUCGCCGCCACCUUCAUCAUCGCCAUCCUUGUGUUCGUCGUUGGCAUCAAGAGGGCCGAGCAGCCGUCUUUCGCCCAUCUGUCCAACGUUGGGGACCCCGAGCGCAAGGUUCAGACUAAAAAGAAGAGCAAAUCGAAAGAGAAGCGGGCAGCCAAUGGCCAGGUGACGGCGGAGAAGAGUCCUUCGAAAAAGGCCGCUUCCGUCAAAGAAACGGUAGCCAACAACAAAAAGUCUAACAAAUCAGUAGAUGAGGUCGCUGAAAGCAAGCCAAAGGAGCGCAAGCAAGAAGAUAACAAGCAUUCAAACAAGACCCACGAAGCUGUCAAGGUUGCCAAGGAGAACAAGGUAGAACACGCAAAGAAUAAGAAAAACCUGAAGAAUCUGAUGCAAGAAAAGCCGGUUGACUACGAUGAGGGUGACUGGGAGCAAGCAUAUUCACGAAAAGACAAAUUGAAGAAGAAGAGGGAAGAGGAGACUACUCCAUCAAAGAAGUCCAAGAAAUCAAAGAAGGCUGAGUUGAUUACCGAAGUUGUCAAUAAUAAGGAGCAAGAGAAGCCGGAGAUUAAGGACAAAACUGUUAAGGAAACGGAAAAUAAGGAGUUAAAAGAGAAGGAUAGUCAGGAGGUUAUUUUGACUCCUAUUUCCAAUGAAGAACUUGAAAAGGAAAAAGAAGCCAACAAGAACGAGGAGGCCCCGGCCAAGCAGUCGCCAAAAGUAGAGAAAACCGAGAAGGAGGAAAAAAAAUCUGGUAAAGGCAAGAAAGCCAAGAAAAACGCCGAAGUUGAUGUUGCUAAGUUGACUAACGAGGCAUCGCCUAAGCAAGAAAAGAAAUCUACUGCUGGACCUGUAAUCGAGAAAAUAGCUGAAGUUGUCGUGAAAAUAGAACCCAUUAUCGAGGCUAAUGUAACUGAAAAAAUCGAGCAGACAACUGGAGUUGUCGUUUUUGAUGAACUUGGAGAUGUUUGGAAAGAAGCUAAGCCUCCUAAAAAAAGCAAAAAGAAGAGUCGCAAAGAUAAUUGAAGAGACAAACUUUUGAAGUAAAGACAAGUUCCUUACACUUGGGAAUAUCAAACGAAAAGUUUGCUUCGUGUUUCCUUGUACAUAAAGACCACCUUCAAUAGUAGAAAUCAAGUUGUAUAAGUUCGACUUCAAUGAAACUGCCGUACCGGAAUUUUUUCGGAAAAGGGUGAAUUUUUGUUUCAUGCAAUACAAUUUGAUUCAAAUGCAAUUUUAAAUGUUGUUUAAGUCGAGCUUAAGUCACUACAAUCGAAACUUGAAAUGAACGUUUUUGGUAUUUUUUAGUGAAUUAGGGAACAACAAUCUGUUGCUCUCAUAGAGCGUUUUGAAGAGGAAUGUGACCGAAAGUUUUAUUCACACUCCUUUUUUUUAUUUUCAUUGAGAAUGUUUGGCUACCAGCCAUGUAAAAAAAAGCAUGUAAACCAAUUUGAGUCUGAAUGGCUUUUAGAUAAAAAUUUGUUGAUAGAUGCUUUGAAAGAAAAUUUUAUGUGAUUGUUCAAAUCUAAAUUGUAAAAAAAAAAUUAUUCAAAUGUUGAAUUGAUUAUUGCUUCUUACUCUAAUUCUCUUCUAAUGUAAUUAUGAAUAAUGCAAGAAUCAUUUUUUAAUGUUAUUAUUGAUGGAUAUAUUAUAAUUAUUGUUAUUAUCAAUGUUGCACAUGGACUAAUGAUUUGGUAUGAUAGUCACAAGUUUAUGUGUAAAAAAGUGGUGGAAGAGUGCUUGCUGGAUUCUCUUUUAAUUUCAUUUCGUAUUUUGUUGUAUCACUUGUGAUGUAUUUUAAUAUUUAAAUAUGUAAAAAUUCCUGAGACACCCGAAGUUUGAAAAAAUUUCUGUAAUUUUAGGAAUUUUUUUCUGCACGAUUUAAUAUUUUAUGACAAUAGAUUGAAUAUGCAGAAUCCCAGCUAUGUAAGUAAUAGUAAGCGUUCCGAUAACACUUAUGUUUAGUGCAUUUUAAUUGUGUAUGUAAAGGCUUUGGUAUAUGUUAUUGUAAUUAUUUUUGUAUGGAAACUGUUUGAUGUGGAUAAAAAUCAGUAAUUAUGUGCGAGUAAUUCUCAGUCCAUCACGGAUUAUUAUAUACAAAAUAGUUUUUCAAUUUGUUAUAAAUCGAAUGUAAACAACAUUGUCUUUCAUAUGGACGCAGUGUAGAAAGUGUGUUUACUUUUAUUAUGUUUGUCAAGUAUCAAAGUUGAUCAAUUUCUACCGUUCAAUUGUAUUUAAAGCUUAUUUCACGAGAAGGUAAAAUCAUGUAAUACAUUCAUUGUUAUAAAAUAUAAAUCAUAGGAACACACUAACAAACAAAAUUGCCAGAGGCUGUAUCUAGUGUUUAAGCCGUUUAUUUAAAUGAAAUGUAAACGUUGUUUUAGUUAAAACACGACAACGAUUUCCAUGUAAAAAAACCAGUGAUUGCAGGGAUACGAAAGUAACUCGAACGUAAUUAAUGAAGAGAGAAACUCCAUAUUUUAGUUAAUCAUGUCACAAUUGUACAUAUACUAACGACGCGUGUAUUGUGUGUUUUUCAAACAUAUUACAGUAAUUGUAAAUAUGUAAAUUAAAUACAAAUAGAUAUUCGUCAAUGGGAGAUUGUCUAAGGCGACGGCGGUUGCCUAUUGAGACUGACAUUCCAUUUUUUUCAUUUUUCGCUGAAUUAUUUAAGAUAUAUGCGUUAUGCGAACAACAUAGUGACGUCAUGGGCCCCGUCGUAGUCUUCUAAUUUAGCAUUUAGAUUCGUUCAAAUAAAAUCAAAGUUCAGUAAUUCAUUUUCUGUGUGAUUUAAUGUAUGAAACGAUAAUAAAAAUCAGGAAUUGUGCCGAAAAAGUUUGUACCAAGAUAAUAUAUAUAUAUACAUAUAUAAUUUAAUCAAUUAAAUAUUUUGUCUAAUUAAAAAA